AUGGGAUCGAUUGCACCUAGCUGGCAAGACAAGGCCGCUGCCAAGCGGCAAGCUGUCCUGGACCUGAUCCCCGUCGCCUGGCGCCUGCCCCAGCCGCUGCCCGCGCCGAAGGACCAGAAGGACGUCACCGGUGCCUACGUUCAGCAGUUCCUCUCGCCGCGCGAGGUUGAGUUGACCGAGGCCGACGUCACCCAGAUUGUGUCCAACACCACCUCGGGCACCUGGACGGCCACCGAGGUCGUCACGGCCUUUUGCCACCGCGCCGCCAUUGCCCAUCAGCUGACCAGCUGCCUUCAUGAAAUCUUCUUCAGCCAGGCCAUUGCCGAGGCCAAGCUGCUCGACGCCAAGUUUGCCGCCUCCGGCGGCGUAGCCUCGGGCCCGCUGCACGGUGUGCCCGUCAGCUUCAAGGACCAGUUCCACGUCCGCGGCGUAGAGACAACCAUGGGCUACGUCGGGUGGAUUGGAACAUUUGAGGGCAAGAAGGGCACCGGGAAGGAAAAGGUCGUCGAGAGCGAGCUGGUGCGCGAGAUCCGUGCGCUGGGUGGCGUGCCCUUUUGCAAGACCAGCCUGCCGCACACCGUCAUGAGCGGCGUGACCUGGAACCACAUUGUCGGCUUCACGCGCAACCCCAACAACCGACUGAUGAGCUGCGGCGGCAGCUCGGGCGGCGAGGCCGCGCUCGUGGCCAUGAAGGGCAGCCCCGUGGGGUUUGGCACGGACAUUGGCGGCAGCAUCCGCAUCCCCUCGGCGUUUAAUGGUCUGUACGGCAUCCGCCCCUCGUUUGGCCGCCUGCCGUAUGUGGGCGCCGCCAACAGCAUGCCCGGCCAAAACUCCGUUCCGUCCGUCUGUGGCCCGCUGGCCGGCAGCGCCGCCACGCUCAAGCUCGUGCUCAAGUCGGUGCUGGCCCAGCAGCCCUGGCACUACGACCCGGCCGUCGUCGAGCUGCCGUGGCGCGACAGCCUGGCCGCGGCGUUGCCGGCGACGGCCGCCGAGCUGGGCCAGGUCCUCACGUUCGGCCUGUGGGAGGGCGACGACCAAGUGGCCCCGACGCCACCCGUCAAGCGGGCGUUUGCGACCGUGAAAGCGCUCAUCGAGACGCUGGGUCACCAGACGAUCGAGUGGACACCGCCGUCGCACACGCGGGCGACGGAGCUGGCAAUGCAAGCGUUCAUUGCGGACGGCGGCACCGACAUUCACCACCACAUAGGGCUCUCGGGCGAGCCUCUGCAGUGGCGGGUGGCGGAGCUGUACGGCACGGCGCCAAAGGCGCCCACGACGGCGGACCAGCUGUUUGACGGCAACUUGGAGCUGUUCCAGUACCGGCGCGACUACAUGGACUACUGGAACAGCACGGCGGCGCUGACCAAGUCGGGUCGGCCGGUGGAUGCGAUCCUGGCGCCGGUGGCGCCCGGCGCGGCCGUUGAGCUGGACAACAAGAAUUUCCACGUUGGAUACACGCCCUGGGUGAACACGCUCGACUACACAGCGGCCGUGUUCCCUGUGACGAGGGUCGAUCCGGCGAUUGAUGUUGUGGAAAAGGACUACACGCCGCUCAACGACUUGGACAAGGCCAUCCAUGAAGAGUGCAUAGACAACCCACAGGUCCAGGAGAACACGCCCGUUGGGCUUCAACUCGUCGGUCGGCGUUUCCAGGAGGAGAAGAUUCUCGCUCUUGUCGAAAUGCUCUCGGCAGCCUUGGCUCAGUCGUAG